CGUCGUGGGCGGCGUCAUUGAGCCGCGCCAGCUGAGCCGAGUGGAACCCAGCCCCUCUCGUGGGUUCUCCCGGCGGCUCGUUCCUCUCCCCGCCGUUUGUCCGCAUUGCUUUCAUGUCCCCGGUGGGCACGGCUCCCCGGAAGCUGCAAGCCCAUGGCCGGUAGCCUGAGGGAGCCGUCCUUCAACGUUUCCGCCUCCACGAGCUGCGACACGGACGACGAGGGCGUGCGGGGCACCUGCGAGGAUGCUUCUAUGUGCAAGAGGUUUGCGGUGAGCCUCGGCUACUGGCAUGACCCUUACAUCCAGCACUUUGUGAGACUGUCUAAGGAGAGGAAGGCCCCCGAGAUCAACAGAGGAUAUUUCGCACGAGUCCAUGGUGUCGGUCAGCUUGUAAAGGCGUUUCUACAGAAAACAGAAUGUUGUUGUCAAGUCCUCAACCUCGGGGCUGGGAUGGAUACAACCUUCUGGAAAUUAAAGGAUGAAGGUCUCCUGCCAAGUAAAUAUUUUGAAGUCGACUUUCCGAUGAUAGUAACGAGGAAGCUGCACAACAUCAAAUGCAAGCCUGUCCUGCUGAACCCCAUUGUGGAGUUACACUCAGAGGACACGCUUCAGAUGGAUGGACACAUGUUGGAUUCAAAGAGAUAUGCCAUUGUUGGAGCAGACCUCCGAGACCUAUCUGAACUGGAAGAGAAACUAAAGAAAUGUAACAUGAAUACACAGUUGCCAACACUCCUGAUAACUGAAUGUGUGCUGGUUUACAUGACUCCGGAGCAGUCUGCAAACCUUCUAAAGUGGGCAGCCAGAAGUUUUGACACAGCCAUGUUCAUAAACUAUGAGCAGGUGAACAUGGGCGAUCGGUUCGGGCAGAUCAUGAUUGAAAACCUGAGGAGACGACAGUGUGACCUGGCGGGCGUGGAAACCUGCAAGUCAUUGGAGUCGCAGAAAGAGCGGCUCCUGGCCAGUGGGUGGGAGACGGCAUCAGCUGUGGACAUGAUGGAACUGUACAGCAGAUUACCACGAGCUGAAGUGAGCAGGAUAGAGGCCCUGGAGUUCCUGGAUGAGAUGGAGCUUCUCGAGCAGCUCAUGCAGCAUUACUGCCUGUGCUGGGCCACUAAGGGCGGAGGUGAACUGGGUCUGAAGGAGGUAACUUACUGAUCACUGAAGCUGGCACCACCCGCCUUUCUGGAGGAGAUCCCGCCAAGCAGUGGGGAGGCCGCAGCCACCAGUCAACUGGUUACGAAGUUGUCUUUCCUUUUCCUGUUCCUUCUGACUUGUUUAAAUAAAUCCCACUUGCCAAUUG